AUGCUUCUAUAAUUUUAAUGUCUUAGAAAGCAUUUGAUUUUUGAUAAAACUUACAUCCUUUAAUGUUAUGAAAGAGAAGUUUUCAUUGGAGAAGUAUUUCUAACAUUUUAGAAUAUUUUAAGAAUAAAGCAAAACCCAAAUAUUAUUUUGAAGUGUCACUUAAGAGUUUAAUUGUAUUUCACACUGAAUCUGAUUAUAUUGGAUUCUCCAUUCCAUAUAGAGGAAAAUUAAAGCUAUUUCAUGCAAAUUCCAAAAAAAUUAGAGAACUUAAAAUACUAUUAUCUGGAAAGGUUCUUUUUGGAGACUUGAAUUAAUUCUACCUGUAAAAACAUUAACUUGGACAUGGAUCAUUUUCAUACGUAAAUCGAAUUAUAAAUUAAAGGUUAAUAUGUUGUAGAACCUAGAAACUAAAGAAAUGAUGGCAGCUAAAUUUUUAAGUAAGCAUUGGAAACAUAAAACUAAUACAGAGCGAAUGAAGGCAAUAAUAUUAAAAUUAUUUAAAGGAAAUAAUAAACGAAAAUAAUAUUGUAUAAUCAUUGAAUCAUCCAAAUAUAACCAAAAUAAAAGAGGUCUAUGAUAAAAAUUAAGAGAUAGUCAUUAUAUAUGAAUUUAUUGAUGGAGACACUCUUGAGAAAUAUUUACAUGAUCAUUGUGGAUCUCUAAGUCAUUUCGAUGUUUAAUCUAUUAUGCGAGUAAAUCUAAUUAAUUUAAAUUCUUAGUAAUUAAUACUGACAUUAUUCUAUAUACAUUAAUAAUAGCUCAUUCACAGAGAUAUAAAACCAUCAAAUAUAAUGAUUUAAUAAAAUCAUAAUAUUAAAAUAAUAGACUUUGGUUUAGCUGCUAAAAUUGGAACAACUAAUAACGAUAUAUGUGGUACUAUUGGCUAUAUUGCUCCAGAAGUAUUAUGUAUUACUACUCAAUAAUCUGUUUAUUCAUUUAAAUGUGAUAUGUUUGCAGCAGGAGCUAUAUUUUAUAAAUUGUAAUUCAAUUUAUGUUAAUUAAGAAUAACUUCAUAUGAUUUAUUGAAGGAAACUAAAGAUUAUACAAAUUUUUAAUUAAAAUUAGAUCUUUUAAAAAAACUCAAUACUCCAGAAUCAGGGAUUGAUUUAUUACAAAAACUUUUGGAUUUUAAUUAUAAAACAAGAUUAAGUGCCAAAGAAGCUUUAUCUCAUCAUUAUUUCACUGAAUCUUUAAGAGUGUCAGCCAAAAAGUCUUUACAAAUUUCUCAAUAGAACAUUUUAUUAGCAAAUACUUCUCAAGUUUCUCAGAUAGGUACUUCAGAAACCCAAAUACAAAAUGUUAAUGUUUUUACUUAAAAUCUUAACAAGCGAUUCAGGUUUUCAAUAUAAUUAAAUAAUUGA